AUGAGCACGCAGGAUAUUCUAGGUUUUGCCAGUCAGGAGCCGAGUCGCGUCAUAUCUUUCCCUGCGUCGCAGUACCUGCACGCGUCUACCGCGUCGCCAGGUUCUGGUUCCAUCUCCACAGGCCUGCCUCGGCUUGACGAGGCUAUUUCUCCCGUCUCACUGGAUGAAUCGCCGGAGGCAUCAGGUGAAGAUGUGACAAGGGGUAUUCUCUGCGGCCAUGUCACCGAGGUCUUCGGGCCGCCUGGCGUGGGCAAGACGUCGCUGGCUCUGACUCUUACUUCCAACGCUCUUCGCGAAGGUGGUAAAGUAGUCUGGAUCGACACCACCUCUCCACUUCCAAAGCUACGUCUGAAGAGCAUGCUCUCAAAGUCGUUGGAAGCAUCGGAGUCCUCCGAAUCAUCAGAACACCUCGUCGACAAUCUGAUAUACUUCCGCGCCCAGUCCCUGCCUCAUUUGCUGGCGCUUCUGCUCCGCCCGCCCAAAGGAUUCCCACCCGAAGACACCAAACUCCUGGUCGUCGACUCGGUAUCAGGGCCCUUUCCUUCGUACUUUAUGGGCCCAUCGGAGUUGAAAUCCCGUCUGGCCCAGGCAAAAGUCACAGAUAAGGCCCAGGUACAAUGGCUCAUGAACCGGAAGUGGAACGUCACGAGCGAAUUGGCAAAUCAGCUGAUGAAGCUGGCAGCCGCGCAGUCCCUGGCCGUGCUCGUUGUCAAUCAAACUCACACCAAGAUCAAAGGCCAGCCACGUGCUACGCUCACCCCGCUACUUGCAGGAGGCCCGUGGGAGAACAGCGUGUACACCCGCAUCGCGCUGUACCGCGCCUUCGCUGUCGAUGACGACAGCGGAGCAGAGCCGCAGUCUGCUCCAAGAAGUGUCCGGUAUGCGGAGGUCUUGAAGCGAGGCGGGAAGAGCGUGACGGUGAGGCUGGACGAGAAUAUCGUGCCCUUCACAAUUGAAUCAGAUUGUUUACGUGGGACGGACACGAAUCAGCCGUCUCGCGCUGUUGCACCACAGCCAACUGAGGAAUCGCUCCGGGUGGGCCAACGGAAGCGGAAGGUGGAGGAGAUCGCUGAUAGCCAGGAUGAAGACGAUUCGGACCAGGAAUUUGGAUGGAUUAAUGGUGACGACACCAGCCUGCUUGAAGGGCCCGCUGAUGAGGACUCUUAG